AAGGAUUGGGUCUUACAGUGAGAGACUAUUGGAGUUUGAGAGAACCAAAUGAGAGCAUAAACAAUAUCUUAUAAAUUUAAGAGCUGCCUUUGCUUCCUCUUUACAUCCCAAUUGUUAGUCAUCAUUUAAAGCAUGCAAACCCAGCUCCCCUCGUUUUUCUUCAUACUUAAUAAACUUGAGAGUCAUAUGUAUAAUUAAGGUCUUCUCUUAUAUAUGGUUGAUAUGUCAAAGCAGAAGUAGAAACUAAUGGCAGGAAAUGAGUGGAUCAAUGGCUACUUGGAAGCUAUUCUGGAUGCGGGAAGCAGCACAAGGAAGAGGGAUGUUGGGAAGCUGCAGAUCGCCAAAUUCCAAGAGAAUAAUAAGCAGCAGCUCGUCAAAGAAGAGAAGCUGUUUAGUCCCACCAAGUAUUUCGUGGAAGAAGUCACUAACAGCUUUGAUGAAUCAGACCUCCAUAGGACAUGGGUCAAGGUAAUAGCAACAAGGAAUACUCGUGAACGCAGUAACAGGCUUGAGAAUAUGUGCUGGCGAAUUUGGCAUCUUGCCCGCAAGAAGAAACAGAUAGCAUGGGAUGAUGAACGAAAGCUAACAAAACGACGACUUGAACGUGAGCAAGGUCGUAACGAUGCUGCAGAUGACCUAUCGGAGCUCUCCGAAGGUGAGAAGGAAAAAGGUGAUUCCAAUAUUUCGGACUCAAUCAAGGACGUAUCCAGGAUCAACUCUGACACUCAAAUCUGGUUUGAUGAUGAUAAGUCUAAACAUCUCUACAUUGUCUUGAUUAGCAUACAUGGGCUAGUCCGCGGAGAAAACAUGGAACUUGGGAGGGAUUCUGAUACGGGUGGGCAGGUGAAAUAUGUGGUUGAACUUGCUCGGGCUUUAGCAAACACGAAAGGAGUUCAUCGUGUGGAUUUGCUAACCAGACAAAUCACGUCACCCGAAGUAGAUUCAAGCUAUGGUGAGCCUAUAGAGAUGUUGUCCUGCCCAUCCGAUGAUACUGGAAGUUGUGGAGCCUACAUAAUCCGCAUCCCUUGCGGGCCUCGUGACAAGUACAUAGCCAAAGAAUCUCUCUGGCCUCACAUUCCUGAAUUUGUUGAUGGGGCUCUAAACCACAUUGCAAAUAUGGCGAGGGCUUUGGGUGACCAAGUCGACGGGGGGAAACCAACAUGGCCUUACGUGAUCCAUGGCCAUUAUGCCGAUGCUGGAGAGGUUGCAGCCCACUUGUCCGGGGCCUUAAAUGUGCCCAUGGUUCUAACAGGUCACUCACUUGGUCGGAACAAGUUUGAACAACUGCUCAAACAAGGAAGAUUGUCUAGGGAAGAUAUAAAUGCCACAUACAAGAUAAUGAGGAGGAUUGAGGGUGAAGAGUUGGGGUUGGAUGCAGCUGAAAUGGUGGUAACUAGCACAAGGCAAGAGAUAGAAGAGCAAUGGGGAUUGUAUGAUGGCUUUGAUCUUAAGUUAGAGAGGAAGCUUAGAGUUAGAAGACGACGUGGAGUAAGUUGCCUUGGAAGAUACAUGCCAAGGAUGGUGGUCAUACCACCGGGCAUGGACUUCAGCUACGUUACAACACAAGAUUCAUUGGAAAAUGAUGGUGACCUCAAGUCAUUGCUUGGAUCCGACAGAGCUCAAAACAAAAGGCAUCUACCUCAAAUAUGGUCUGAGAUAAUGCGCUUUUUCACGAAUCCGCACAAGCCCACAAUACUUGCACUAUCUCGUCCUGACCCCAAGAAAAAUGUUACUACAUUACUCAAGGCUUUUGGAGAGUGCCAGCCCCUCCGAGAAUUGGCCAACCUGACAUUGAUACUUGGUAACAGAGACAAUAUUGAAGAGAUGUCCAACAGCAGCUCAGUUGUGCUUACAACUGUACUAAAGCUAAUCGAUAAGUAUGACCUAUAUGGUCAAGUGGCCUAUCCCAAGCAUCACAAACAAUCACAAGUUCCUGAGAUUUAUCGCUUAGCUGCCAAGACCAAGGGAGUUUUCAUCAAUCCUGCUCUAGUGGAACCAUUCGGUCUUACAAUCAUUGAGGCAGCUGCUUAUGGUCUACCUGUUGUUGCCACAAAAAAUGGUGGACCAGUGGACAUCUUGAAGGUACUUAACAAUGGCCUCCUAGUUGACCCACAUGAUCAGAAAGCCAUAGCAGAUGCCCUCCUUAAGCUUGUUGCUGACAAGAAUCUAUGGGCUGAGUGCCGAAAAAAUGGCCUCCGAAACAUACACCGUUUUUCAUGGCCAGAACACUGCCGUAACUACCUCUCACACGUUGAACAUUGCAGGAACCGCCACCCCACUAGCCGUCUUAAGAUAAUGACAAUUCCUGAAGAACCAAUGAGUGACUCUUUGAGGGAUGUGGAAGACAUAUCUCUUAGAUUUUCCAUCGAGGGAGAUAUAAAACUCAAUGGAGAGAUUGACGCAGCAGCCAGACAGAAGAAACUCAUUGAAGCCAUUACGCAAAUGGCUUAUUCAAAUAGCAACACCAGCAUUAUUUACAGUCCUGGUAGAAGACAGAUGCUAUUUGUAAUAGCAGCUGAUUGCUAUAAUAACAACGGAGAAAUUACAGAGACCUUUCAAGCAAUAAUCAAGAACGUGAUGCAAGCUGCAGGCUUAAGUAUUGGCCUAGGAAAGAUAGGUUUUGUAUUGCUAACUGGGUCAAGUUUAAGAGAGACUAUGCAAGCAUUGAGUUCUUGUCCAGUAAAUAUUGAAGAUUUUGAUGCAUUGGUCUGUAAUAGUGGAAGUGAAAUGUAUUAUCCAUGGAGGGAUAUGGUGGCAGAUAUGGACUACGAAGCUCACAUUGAGUACAGAUGGCCAGGUGAAAAUGUGAGGUCAAUGGCAAUGAGGCUUGCUAGGACAGAAGAUGGGGCAGAGAAUGACAUCAUAGAGUAUCUAGAUGCAUGUAGUUCCAGAUGCUACUCUUAUAGCAUCAGACCUGGUGCAAAGACUCAAAGAAUAGAUGACCUUCGCCAAAGGCUUCGGAUGAGAGGCUUCAGGUGCAAUCUUGUCUACACUCGUGCAGCAUCAAGGUUAAAUAUGGUGCCAUUAUUUGCAUCAAGAAUGCAAGCACUAAGGUAUCUUUCAAUAAGGUGGGGAAUUGAUCUUUCCAAAGUGGUCUUAUUUGUGGGGGAGCAAGGGGAUACAGACUAUGAAGACCUGCUAGGUAGCCUACACAAGACCUUAGUUUUGAAAGGUUCUGUGGCAUAUGGCAGUGAGAAGCUCCUUCGGAGUGAAGACAACUUUAAAAGAGAAGAUGCAAUCCCCCAAGGCAACCCUAACAUCAUAUCUAUAGAGACCAGUGAAGCCCAGAAUAUAGCAGGAGCUCUGGAUGCUCUAGGGAUCAAAUGAUACUCUAUCUCUCUCUCUCAUUUUUAUGCAUCUUAGAGCAUAUACUUCUAUAGUUAAUUCAGUAGCAAGAAUAUAGCCAAUACAUAUGAAAGCAUAUACACAUCAACCAGUAAGAUACUUUCAAAUUCUAAGAAUAAUAUAAAUCUGAAUUUGUAAGAAAUUGUUGCAACAGGAAAUAUUUUUUUUACUCUUGAAUGUCAUAGAAAUGACAUGAAGGAUUGAGAUGUUGUCCACAAGAUAUUUAAGAGAGAUGUGAUUCCUUGUGUG